UCCGGCCGUUGCUUUACGACACUUGUGACAAACCAGAAGUGUCCACCACUGUUGGUUGAGUUGUCUGCGAAGACAGGUAAUGUUUUGAACUGAAGGCAAACAGAUAAACAAGCAAAAACGAUUAAACUCAGAUACGAGAAACUGACGACUGGCAUGCAUAGCUGCCGAAGAAUAUUACUGUAACCACGAUGCGAAAAACGACAGCACAUUUUCGACAGCUUUCGUUCACAGCUCUAGCUACGUAGCUAAGCUCACUUAGCCAGGACGCAGCGAAUCCAGUUUGUCAGCUUUCAUCGUGGGGAGAGUGCGAGCCAAAUUUGAUGUGACAUCAAAGAAUUUUCAGCCCAAGUACAUUGGGUGUCGUCUUAAGAACCAGACUCAUACCCGGGCUUCUAUCGCUUGACCAUAGAAUGUGGCUACAGCAAAGACUGAAGGGGCUACCAGGCUUGUUAUCAAGUAGCUGGGCAAGAAGGCUGCUCAUAGGAGUACUGCUCUUCCUCAUCAUCUACUGGUACCAGGGAGCAGAACGCAGAUGGAGCUUCUUCAGAGGCUCUGCGGUCCCCGACGGGGCGGCUGGAGAGUGCCUGCUGACUGAAAUCCACAGGUGGAAAUCUCUCGUAGAGAGAGGAGAGGGGAUAUACAGAACACCUCAGGAGCAAUUAGACUCGCCUUUUGUAUCAGGUAACGGGCAUAUUUUGCUUGAUAUUGACUCUAACAAAUUAUGGGUAGCAUCUUCUUCGCAGCCCGGCUCUUCUCCUGUACACCAGACUGAAUACUCCCCUCGGGUUGGCGUCUAUCUGGAGGGGAGGCAAGCUGAGGCUCAGGCCAGUUUGCUGUGGUUCAGGAAGGGAGCUGUGCUGUCAGUCCGCUGUGCCUCUCCAGCCUCUCUGCAGUCUGCCCGGGACUGUGUCACCAUCAGAGAGGAGUUCAUCGCUCACAGAAGCAGACCUAACGUUUAUCUGCAACGUAUUCACAUCAAUAACCCCUCUGACAGGGCCGCUACCUUGGGCGUUUCCUCUGGCAGUUCCUCCUUUGGCAGCAAGUUCUCUACCAGUACAGAGAAGCUGGAGGACAGAGAGAUACUGCUGUCUUCUGGCAGGGUGCCAGUGGAGAAUAACCGGAUGGUGCUGGUAGUGGUGGUCACCAAAAAACUGAACAGCAGGAUUCAGCUUUCUCCUAAAUCAGAUUACACAGACAACAUCCUGUCAGUUGUGUGGACCUCAGAGCCCAUCGAGUCUUCGAAGAUUGAGGAAACCUUCAGCGCCCUCAGAGAUGGAGCUAAAAAGGAGCUUGGGGAGCUGUUGAGGUCAAGUAUGGAUGAACUGGUAGUAGAUCACCAGCAGGCCUGGAUGGACCUCUUCAUUUCAGGGGUUGAAAUGAGGAAGAUCACAGAUUCACACACACCAUCAAGCCGCACAGUAAACACCACCCUCUACUAUACUCUGUCCUCCUCCACGGCUCCCCUGCUGGACCGAAGGCUGAGUGGUGAGGAGCGCACUCGUCUUGCAUCCAGUCUGAAAUAUGCUGACCACUGCUUCAGCGGCCAUGCCACCAUGCAUGCAGAAAACCUGUGGCCUGAGAGGGUGAGCAGUACCGCUCAGAUCCUGCAACUGGUCACAUUGUGGACUUUGACUUUGCAGAAGAGAGGUUGCAAGGUACUGGUGGCAGCAGGAGCACACGGAGCCAUGCAGGGCAUGGUGCUCAGCUUUGGUGGCCUUCAGUUCACAGAGAACCACCUUCAGUUCCAGGCUGAUCCAGACGUGCUGCACAACAGCUACGCCCUGAGAGGGAUCCACUACAAUCAAGACCUCAUUAACCUGGCGGUCCUGCUUGAUGUGGAGGGAAAGCCUUUUCUUCACGUGUCGGUUAAGCCCCAGGAGAAGCCGGUCAAGCUCUACGCCUGCGAGGCAGGCUGCCUCAAUGAGCCUGUGGAGCUGACGUCAGAAAUCAAAGGUCACACAUUCCCUGUCAUGGUGACCCAGCCCAUCACACCACUGCUUUACAUCUCCACAGACUUGCAGCACUUGCAGGACCUCCAUCACACUCUGCACCUCAAGGGCAUCCUGGCCCAUGAGGAGCACAUGGCCAUCAGGUAUCCAGGCCUGCCCUUCCUUUUCUGGUUCAGCGUGGCCUCUCUCAUAACUCUGUUUCAUCUAUUCCUCUUCAAGCUCAUAUACAACGAGUACUGUGGCCCUGGUGCUAAGCCCCUCUUCAGGAGCAAGGUAUAAACAGCAGUAAUGAGACAACCCUGCAAACUGAAAACUGCCGACUGAUUUGAUCUGCUUCAGUGUGUGUGUGUGUGUGGUGGCCGAGACUCUCUCUCUUUCUCUCUCUCUCUCUCUCUCCUUAUCUAUCGACGCUCUGUCUGUGGGAUCAGUUCUCAGUUUUGACUUUCACAUUCUCUAUCACUUUGUUCCCUCCAUCUCACACGAUAAUAGUUUGGGGUGGGUUGGCAAAUAGCCUUACACACCUCCUUUUUUCCCCUCUCACAAAAGAUGAUUCUCCAGUUCUUAUUUUGUAUUGAAGGAGUUGUAAGAAAGAUUUUUAUUUGUCUCCUUGAGAAGACUGUAGGCAAUAAAAAAAAUGUAGAACUCGGUCAAAAGCACUAGUGGAACAGUAACCUUCAUUUAUGAUCAGAGACCUUGAACUGUUGGACGUAUGACAUCACUUUAGUGCUCUACCAGUUCUGCUACACUUAAUGUCCGUUGUGGAAUGUUAAGUAUUGUUGAUUGCAAUGGAUUAGAACAAGCACAAAAGUUAUCUUCUGUUCGAUUAGGUUAUUACUUUACCCCAGUUUGCUCACACAAACUUCAGUGCCACUUUAUAACAGGAUCCACAUUGGUCUCUCUUAACAUUGUUUUAGGAACAGUAUUGCAUUUUUUCUGUCAUUUAUGCUUUCUUUUAAUGAGGAGGAUUUAUAAAUGUGAGUUAUAUUUUACAAGGAAGGCAUUAGUUUUGAUUCAUUUUGUGACAGUGUAAAAGUCAGUCAAUAGCUGCCUGUUUAAGGUUGAUAAUCCAUUACAGAAGACAUCAAUUCUGCUUUUUUUUUUAACUAUUUUUUUAGAAGUAUGUUUUUACUUUUCAUUUUGAGCCUGCAACAUAAACAUUUAAAGCUACCCUUUGGAGGUUUUGAAAAGUAAUGCACAAACAUAGCAUUGUGCCAAUGAUAAAAAGAAAAGACUGCAAGCUAAUAUGAACAUGGCUAUAAAUGUAAAUCUUAGAAUAAUAAAAUUAACUUGUGUUAUACAGAACAACGUGGAUUCAACGUGAUUGUCGGACUUCAAAGAUAUACACUCAGUUUUAUUGAGAAACACCUCCACAGGGUACCUUUAACCCUGACAAAAAUAAGAGCAGCUUUAAUGCUAACUGUGAUUGAUGACUUAACUAAAACUUAAAAACAAGUGUUGUGAGUUCAUUUUUAGUUCAUUGUAGAAUAAAAAACGGAAACCACUGACUUCCUGAAUAACUCAAUUCAGCAGCCUAAAAUGCAACACCUUCAUAGAAAAGAUGCCCGACAUUACUGGUUUGCAGUGAAGUCAUUGGUACAUUAAAAAUGAAGAGACAUUUAACAGCUUUAGUUUCAGAUUUUUGUAGAUCUGGUCACUGGUAUUAUCAGUACUCGUAGCUGUGUACACACCACAGUCAUUUAUGAAGACUGGAAACACAGCAAUAUCAUAAAAAAGGUCCAGUUUAGAUGCUCAAGAAACAGUUAUUUAGAUUAGCCAAACUUAUUCAAGGCAAACAGUAAUUGAAGUAGUGAUUGUUGUUACUACUGUUACUGUUUUCAUGUUCUCAUCCAGAGCUACAAAAAAAUGAAACGCCGGUUGGAAUAAAUAUUUUCCUUCCUCGUAAAAAUAAGUCACAGAGCGACCAAAGCAAAAUGACAAAAAAACAGAUGGUUGAAGCCUCAUUUAGAAGUAAGUGUAGUAGGUUGGUUCUAAAAGUGCACAAUGUCUAUUGUCUUGUAAAACGGCUACUUGUUUACAGAUGUCCUUACAAAAAGAGCUGUUGAUCUGCUGGACACUUAGAGAACUGAAGGGUUCUCUGAUCAGCACAGACUGUGUUCCCACUUGGCCAAUCUUUUUCGCUACUCCUUUUUUUCCCCCGUUAAUGAUGUUUUAUAUUGAAUCACUCGAUUAAAUUAACAAGAAAUCUG